AUGGGCCAGCGGUCGAGCCGCAUGAGUCUUCAGAGACCGAAAAUAUCACUCACCUGGGUACUGCGAAACCAACAGCACGAGGGCUUCAUACACGACCCAGUUAAAGAGCGAAAGGAGGAGGAGAGGGUCCUUCGCAGAAGCACAAAAAGUGCCAAGAGCGUUAAAAUUACCGACGGCUCCAGGAGCAAGGAGGAAGACAAGGAGAACGCGAUAGAGAGCAUCGAGAGCUUUAACGACAAGCAGGUGUCUUUGCCCUUACGGAGGAUAGAUAAAAACGAUAAUUACGACAAUUACGACGAGAUCAUAGUGGAAAAUGACAUCCAGGAGACUAGCUUCACCAUAAUCACGAUAGAGAACGAACAAGGGCAGCAGGUAAACAAAGAGCGCCAGACGACGCAGUCAGCAAAAGAGGUCAAGGACAGCGACAAGGUGAAAAGGACAAGUUCCGAGUCGAAUUCGAUAGACCGCGAGGUGAACAGUAGCGCCCAAAGUGGCCGUGAGAACAAGCAGCACAAGCAUCGGAAAAACAAGCGCGGCCACAGAUCCAAGACGUCCAGCAAGAUCAUCUUCGACAUUGCCGAUCUCGACUCCCUUCUCGUCAAAGCGUCUAUCGAUAAGCCGGCCAACAUCCCGGUGGUACUGACAUUGCCCUCGGUACUCUACCAAACGCAGAGCGGCACCCAAGCUGAGCAUGGACUGCCACUAGGCACGGUUGUCAACGCCAUAUUCAAAAAGCAGGCCUGGCUGUACGUACAAACGCCACACGGUGAGGAGGGUUACGUCGACUCCUCGGCCUGCAUGCCUCUUGGGAUACUUCCCCAGAGCAAACCCGGGCGCUGCUGGGAGGACCCGACCGACGUCUUCCCCCGACCACUUGGAAACUUGACAGACGUGGAAAAGCUGCGGGGCUCGCGCUCAGAGUGCGAGCGACCUCAUCGUAGGCAACGCAGGCACCGUUCGAGAGUACCAGCCAACAAGGAGCGCAGCAUUGAUCGGUUGUAUGACUUGCGUGCUAGUAGCAGCGCGAGUGCCAGAAGUCCUACUUACAGCGGUGAUCGUUACGAUGGCAUUAGGCGACACACGCUGUUGGUUGUGAGCGAGAAUUACGAGGGACCGGAGCAAGAGGGACGACUGAAGGUAACCAAGGACGAGGUCGUGGUGCUGCUCGGGGCUGAGAUCGAAGCCGGGCUAGAGUGGUUUUGGGUGAAGAACGAGAAAGGCCGCAAAGGACUCAUACCUGCCUCGGUGGCUGAACACGGUUUUCUAUGA